UCCUCGGCGUGUUCCGGAGAGCAAAGGAGUGUUUUGGUCUGCCGCUUCGAAGAGGACCAGCGCGUCGUCGCGGUCGUCGUGCCAUACCGGUCUCAGAGAGCUACUGGACCGAGGUCGCGUGAGAGAGUGCGAGUACGGAUCGGUUGUAUACUUCUUCCACUGCCCGACGCGAGCGUACGCCUCGUGUGAGCGGUGUGCGUAGUUAAUACCGACCCAUCUCCCGAGAGGAAGUGUUCGUGUGUGUGCUUGUGUGAUCGUGUAGUAUAUUGUUUCAUUUCGCGGAGCCGAGGGAAUCGAGCGCGACUCCUCAGCGACGACCGUCUUCUCUGCCAGCUCGUGCAAUAUCUAAGCUGCGCGCACGAGUGUACCGCGAAAGAAAAGAAACGAAAAAAAAAAAAGAAGAUACAGCGAUCCGAAGACCUUCAUCUUUUCUGUCAGGCGUUCGCGUCCGCCCCGUUCACCUUCGCGGGGGCGUGAUCCGUGCCUUUUGUUCGGCGGGCGUUGGACGAAGAGAGAGCCGACCCGGCGUUGAUUACCCCGACGCCGUGCCGCAAACCGUCCGUCUGCGCAAGAAGAGAAUUUUGAUUGUUCUCCACACGAGAGCGAGGCUCCUCGCUUCGAGGAUUCUCUUUCCUUGCAACUCGGGACGGUGAUCUUCGGCUCAUUUCCUCACCUGAUUGCCUGAGCUCCCAGUCCGCGCAUAAGGACGCUCCUGGAAUCGGUGUGUGAGUGCGCGCGCGUGCCUGCGUGUGUACACUGCUGGGCAUCGUUAUGGAUAGGUCGAACCUUCAGGCGGUAUGCGUCAUGGCGCUGACGACUGCCUUUCUGGCCCUCCAGGAUCCCACGGCAUUAGUCCAGGCGCAUGCGCACCGAGCACGGGAGGUGCAGACGUACGUGGUCAUCCACCACCCGCCGGUCAAGGUGGCGCAAGGCGCCACCGCCGCGCCUGGAGCUACCGCUGCCACUCCGAGAGGCCAUCACGCAGCCGCAUCCUCGAUUAGCACUUCGUACGGUUAUCAGCUCCACAGGGAGACGAACCACCACGUGCCGGUGCUCAUCACGACGGGACACAUUCCGGUAUUGGGCCGGGCACCGGCGCACAAGACGUACGUCACAGUGCAGCACCUGCACCACGCCGUGCACCACCACCACCGACCGCUGGUGCUUCUACCGCCACAGCCUCACCUGCCGGUGCACCACAGGAGGCGCGAGCGACUCACGGCUCAGAGCUCGAGCUUCCGCCAAAAGCACAACUCGUACGUGCGCCUGCCGGACUACCCUUCCUACCUCGGCCGUAACGCCGCGCUGAGUCUGGAGGAGGACACGCUGGCCGAAGCCGAAGCCGAGCCGACUCUCAAGGUGUACAAAGCGGACGCCGAAUACCCGCCACUGAACUUGCGCAACCGGAGGAAGCUCUACUCUCUCGGAUACAUCUACAUGCUCGACUUCCUCGAGAACCCCUACCUGAAGCGCUGAACAUACUUGUUAUACACGAGUGCAUCGACUGCCAAGAAGUUCUACGAGCUCAGCAUGCGUUGAACGCACAGGGUGCCUACUGCCUAUAGCAAAUUUGUACGAGUACUCUCGCGAAAAGGCUGGUUGUGAGUCACCAGUCUAUCGCGUGCUACACGUUUCCUUCGUGGUGACGGGCACCCGUCAUAUACCCUAUACUGCUUAAAUGAAAGUGCCAGUUGUGCAUGAUUCCUUCCAACUAUAAAUCACGGUACUGUUCGCAGUUCUAGUAAUUUCGCUCUGAGAUAGUAUUUUGUGGCUCAUGCAGUUUAACAUCACGUUUGGGUGCAUUACACUUGCCUGUCUUGUCCUGAAUAAACCGAAAGCACGCGUCGUCAAUGCCGACGUCAGGCACAAAAUGUAGACUUUGCAAGGCCCGGAACGAUGGUGCUCGCCGUAUAGAAGAUGCAUGCUCAUUUAUUCUGAAUUAACCACGCAAGUAUAAUGGACCGAAACAUGAAAUUAAACUGCAUGCACCACGAAGUACUACCUCUUUGGUAAUGAACGAGAAGAAAGGGAACUGAGGGGCCCGAUUUUUGUUAUCAUAUCAUAGGAAGCCAACAAACAAUGACACCAAGGACAACAUAGGGGAAAUUACUUGUACUUACUAAUUGAAUUAAAGAAAUGAUAAAUUAAUGGAAAUGAAAACGGGUUAAUUUAUCAUGUCUUUAAUUCAAUUAGUAGGUACAAGUAAUUUCCCCUAUGUUGUCCUUGGUGUCAUUGUUUGUUGGCUUCUUAUGAUACCUCUUUGGUAAUACUUCGAAAAUUUUAAUGCGAACGAGCCUGUAGCUUAGCUGGGAGAAUCACGCAUACUUGUCACUCCUAUUUACGCACAAUUCAGUACAGUUCUUGAACUACACUGCAUGACACAGCAGUAUUCGCUGCGAAGUCAGUUUCCAAAUAUUUCACGUGAAAUGCUGUUUUACUGUUGCUCGUGUACACUAUUUCUACUUAUUCUGCUUCUAUUGAUAUCAUCAGUGGGGUUUGCAAGUGAAGAAUCUCAUGUCUCGUACACCGGCUUGUAAACUCUAAUAUGACGGCGUCGGUCAUUCCUUCAUCAUGAAAGCAGUAAUGUAUCGGUAUUAUAUGUAAGCGUUUGUAGUUACUCCAAGAUAUCUUGAAUAAGCUUCAAAAUUGCACUACAUAUGCCCCUUUGUAAUGUUUAACAAUCUCACAGUAGAUAUGUCUUGACGUCAACUUCUGCUCAAACGCUACAGGUCAGCGAUACUGGCCCAUUGUAACCAUUGGUCAUGACAUACGACCAUGUGUUCACCUGCCAUAUCGCUUCAUCAGUUUCAUUCUACAGGUCAGUCCUGUAAGGCUGAAUUUGCUCAACACAUAUCACAUGAGUAUGUCAGGAGCCGACAUGUCAAUACUCAACGAUGUGUUUCUUGCACAGCGAUGUUUGAAUGUUUGAAUAUAACGAAGCAUGGUUAGGGGGGGAGGGGGGGGGGGGGGUCGGAUAAAACACUGGUUUUACACACGUCCCUCACACGACCCUCAUAGUUUGGCCACGCACGACAAAUAUCACUACCAGUGAAUCAAAUUAUUCUUCACCGUCGUGACAUAAAACCUGUGCAUUACAUCGUUUACACCAGAGUUAUUUCCAUGAAAACAUAGUUAAUCAUUUCGUACGGGUAACAGGAACACAUUACGGCACCUACGACAUCUAGGACAAGCGAACACGUAGACUUGCUAUAUUGAGGUCUUUGUCAUUAUAAUGUCUCGUAAGUGCCACAAAUGUGUCUUUCACAAAAGUGGAAACCUGUGACUCUUUGUUCUAUGAGAAAUCCCUUGACGCCGGAAUUUUGAGGCGUCUGAAGCGUUACAGACGUCACGCUAACAUUACGAACCUCGUCGCAUCCUUUAGACCGCAACGGGCGCGUGACCAGACCUGACCGCCGGCCGUUGAGCAUGGCUAGCUCCCACGGCUUCACAAUGAUUUCAGAUGCUGUGGAAAAUGACGGUAACUGUCUUCGUUAUUCUCCACCGCUUAAGGAACGCCAGAAAUACCACAAGAACACUACCACAAGCACGGUCAGCAGCUUUGGUCAGACACACACCGUUAUGAAACUUUAGGAUAAGGCUGCGUCUUUCUGCUCAUCGACAUAAGCACGUUGCCCGCCUGGUGCCUAGCUCUCGCAAACACCAGCAGCAAGACAGGCGCACUACUAUUAAAUAAGAUUAAAUUAGGGUGUUUUAUGGGCCAAAACCACGAUCUGAUUAUGAGGCACGUACGCCGUAGUGGGGGACUCCAGAAUAAUUUGUACUAGCUGGGGUUCUUUAAAGUUCACUUAAAUCCAAGUACACGGAUGUUUUGCAUUUCGCCGCCAUCGAAAAUGCGGCCGCCGUGGCCGGGAUUUGAUUGCGCGACCUCGUGCUUAGCACUACUGUUGUGUACUGCUUCCUCGCACGUUAUCUGUACUCGAGUGGAGGAUACUGUACCUGGUUGUGUAUCUUACAGUUUCGUCGCCUGGACUUAUUGGUGGUUUUGAGAUACCCGGUUCUUCGGUGGCCAACCUUCCAAGAUAUUACAUCAUUUGUUGAAUAAAAACAUGCC